AUGGCGACAUUCGACCGCAAUCUUUGCACUCUGGCUACUUGUAGCGUGGAGAAGUUCGGCUGGUACCACUACGUUCCCAAUCUUGGAGCCAACGCCUUUUAUCUCGCCGUCUUUGCCAUCUUCGCCAUUAUUCAGCUCUACUUGGCUAUUAGAUACAGGGUUUGGGGCACUUUUGCUCUUGGACUUGUGCUCGGUUGCGUUACAGAGGCGAUUGGCUAUGCUGGUCGCGUUAUGCAGGCCCGAGGGGAUGGUAUUUUCAAGAAAAAAUACUUUGUGAUCCAGCUCGUAUGCCUUACCAUCGCGCCCGCUCUCAUCUCUGCUCCGAUUUAUCUCUCCCUCGGCCGAGUCGUCAAAGCAUACGGAAGACAGUUCUCUCUCAUGUCACCCAGAACAUAUGCAGUCAUUUUCAUCUGCUCUGAUGUUGUCUCGCUGAUCCUCCAAGCUAUGGGUGGAGGUCUUGCCGCUACUGGAAAGACACAGAAGAAGGUCGACACUGGCGUGCACAUUCUGGUAGCAGGAUUGGCCUAUCAAGUGCUUUCCUUGGCUGUCUUCAUUGGUCUGGCGACUCAUCUUUGGUCUCGCGUCCGCCGCAUGGGCACUAAAGACGCUAACCCCCGAUUUACCGAACUACGAGCUUCUCGACAGUUGAAGUCAUUUAUCUGGGCUUUGAGCAUUGCUACCAUCACCAUCACAAUCCGUUGCAUCUAUCGUGUAGUUGAGCUCUCUGGUGGCUUCAAGUCUGAGGCUGCCAACGAUGAACCUUCUCUCAUGGUCCUUGAUGGUCCCAUGAUCAUGGCAGCCCUCCUUGCACUGACCGUCUGCCACCCAGGACCCCUGUUUUUUGGAGACUGGAAGCGACUGGGUCAGGACUCUGGAUAUCCUGAAAUCGGCGAGGAGAUUGAGCAGGUCAAGCAGGAUGUUGAGCUGCUGGCUGGCUAA